GAUUCGGGCACUUUUCUAUCUUCCAUCUCAACCCCGACAAUCAUCACUUAACUUGACUUUUACCCUACGGUGAUCUUCAACAAAUCCCAACCUAGGGUCUCCUCCUAUUACUUUAUUUAAUAUCCUCUUCUUUAUCUUGUCGUCUUUGACUUGACAUCCUUCCCCACUGAUAAACAAACAAAACAUCCUCCACGUGUCCACCAUGGGUGUCGAAACCUCCGCUGACCACGGGGAGAACAUCUCCCCGGCGGUCGCUCCCCAGCAGCACUCCAGCCAAGAGUCUUUCCAGAAGCCUCUUGGCGGUGUUGACACCCCUGUCCCCCGCGUGACCCUACGGGCCUUCGUCAUGGCCGUCUUCGUCUCCAUGGGUGGUCUCCUCUUCGGUUAUGACACUGGUCAGAUCUCCGGUUUCGAGCAGGAAUCCGACUAUCUCCGCCGCUAUGGUAUGCAGAACGCUCAGGGCGAAUGGUACCUGAGUGACGUCCGCUCCGGUCUCUUGACCAGUCUUCUGUCCAUUGGUACCCUGGUCGGUGCUCUCGUCGCUGCCCCCAUCGCCAACAAGAUCGGCCGCAAGUGGUCCAUCACUUUCUGGUGUGUUAUCCUCAUGGUCGGCUUGAUAGUCCAGAUCUCUGCCCCCUCCGGCAACUGGGUCCAGAUGGUCAUGGGUCGUUGGACCACUGGUCUGGGUGUUGGUGCCUGCUCCCUGCUCGUCCCCAUGUACCAGGGUGAGAGUGCCCCCCGUCACGUCCGUGGUGCCAUGGUCAGUUGCUACCAGCUGUUCGUCACCUUCGGUAUCUUCCUGGCCUACCUCAUCAACCUGGGUACCAACACCCUUGAGGGUACUGCCCAAUGGCGUAUCACUCUCGGUCUGACCUUCCUGUUCGCCAUUGUCCUCGGUGGUGGUAUGGCUUUCUUCCCCGAGUCUCCUCGUUUCGACUUCCGCCACGGCCGCGUCGACCAGGCCCGUGCCACCAUGGCCAAGCUGUACGGUGUGCCUGAGAACCACCAGGUCAUCCUGCAGGAGCUCGACGAGAUUCAGAACCAGCUCGAGGCCGAAACCGGCAGCGAGAAGUGGUACGAAUUCCUCACUGCGCCUCGCAUGUUCUACCGUAUCUGCCUGGGUAUGGCCCUGCAGACCCUCCAGCAGCUGACUGGUUCCAACUACUUCUUCUACUACGGUACCACCAUCUUCAAGGGUGCCGGUCUGUCCAACAGCUUCGUUACUCAGUGCAUUCUGGGUGCCGUCAACUUCGCUUGCACCUUCGGUGGUCUGUACACCGUUGAGAACUUCGGUCGUCGCAAGUCCCUGAUCUUCGGAGCCCUGUGGAUGUUCGUCUGCUUCAUGAUCUUCGCUUCGAUCGGUCACUUCAUGCUCGACGUCGCCGAGCCCGAGAACACCCCCGGCGUCGGCAAGGGUAUGAUUGUGCUCGCUUGCUUCUUCAUUGCCGGAUACGCCAUGACCUGGGCUCCCAUGGUCUGGACCAUCACCGCCGAGCUGUACCCCUCCAAGUACCGUGCCCAGGGUAUGGCUCUGGCCGUUGCUGCCAACUGGGCCUGGAACUUCCUGAUCGGUUUCUUCACUCCCUUCAUCACCAGCGCCAUCGACUUUGCCUACGGAUACGUCUUCGCGGGCUGCAUGUUUGUCGGUGCCUUUGUCGUCUACUUCUUCGUCAUGGAGGGUAAGGGCCGUACCCUCGAGGAGCUUGACUGGCUGUACGUCAACAAGAUCAAGCCUUGGAAGAGCAGCAACUUUGAGAUCCCCGCUCUGCACUCCUUCCAGUACGAGGAGGAGCGUAAGCAGUCUCGUUCUUACCACGCGGAGAACGCGUAAAUGUCAGUUUAGGAGUUUUGGGAGAUUGUCUAUAUGUUGAUGGAUAUGGCUUGCAUGAUACUAUUGCAUGUUUGCAUGUUGCAUGAUUCGCAUGAUACCUUAUUAUUUUAUACCAUGUACUGAUAAUUUUUCAAGAGUUGAUGCAUCAACUGGGUUUCAAA